AAACUCUUCUUCCGCUCUUCAGUUCCGCUCAUCGACAGUUUGACACCAUCAUCCUCAUCUUCAGUCUUCUUUCAUCGUCACCAUGGCUCACUGUAGGGAGUAGCAGCUGGCAAUCGCCGCCCACAGCGUAGUCCUCCGCUGCACGCUCCUCCAGAAGAUUAGACGAUUGAAACCCUAAAACAAUGAGAAUAGCUUUUACUUUCUGCUCGCGCAAUCUCCACCACCUAUGUCACACUAUCAAACACCGUAAUCACAUUAGCUCAAGCACCAAUGGUGUUAUCAACUCUCAGCUUCAAAAUUCUUUUGCUUCCAAGCUAAGGUUUUUCUCAUCGGCUGAAAAUGAAAGCCCUGGGAAGCUUGAACUUGCUUCCCAGCCUGAAGAAACCAGCUUAGCUCUACCAAAGAAAACUCAGCUACCACUUGAGGUUGAAGAUGUCAGCAAUACAGAGCUGAAAGGGUUGCUGCAAGACUACUUCAGCAAUGACAAAAAUGAUGUACUCCCCAAUAUCAUUGAAGCCAUUAUGAAGAGGAAAUUACACGGAAAGCAUGAUGACACUGAUGAUGAGUUAUUGGAAGAUUUCCGAAUGAACCGACUGGAACCUGUUGAUAAUGUUAAUGAUGAAGAAUUUGAAGAAGAUUUUGAAGAAGCCCAUUCAACGGACGAAGAUAUUGAUAACUUGUAUGAUGCAACAAAUAUUGUGACGAAGAGAAUGGGACAAGAUGAGUAUUUCAACAUGGAUGAAAGAAAAUGGGAUGAUAUGAUUAGAGAGGCUGUUGCACAUGGACAUCUCAAGGAUACCAAGGAGUGUGAAGAAAUCUUAGAGGACAUGCUUCACUGGGAUAAGCUUCUACCUGAUGAGAUUAAGAUGAAGGUUGCUGAAAGGCUUGAUGAGAUAUCUGACAUGGUUGAAAAAGGUGAGCUUGAAGCUGAAGAAGGUUAUAAAUUGUACAAGGAGUUUGAGGAUCAAAUGGUUCUAGAAUGUACUAAACAUGCGGAGAAGGAGACUCUGCAAUUUGAUGGGUCUUCCAUUGCUGAUACGAAAAAGGAUGUGGAUGACCCACCUGGUGAGGGGCCAAUUCUUAGGUGGCAAACUAGGGCAGUUUUUGCUCCAGGUGGUGAUGCAUGGCACCCAAAGAACAGAAAGGUGAAAUUGGCUGUCACAGUCAAGGAGCUUGGUCUUUCCAAGCAUCAGUUUCGCCGCUUGAGAGAAUUGGUUGGAAAACGUUACCAUCCUGGUAGAGAUCAACUUACUAUCACGAGUGAAAGGUUUGAGGAUCGUGAGGAGAACAGAAAAGAUUGCCUUAGGACUCUAUUAUCCUUAAUUGAGGAGGCUGGCAAAGCAAAUAAAUUAGUAGCAGAUGCUCGUGCUGCAUAUGUGAAACAGAGACUGAAAAUGAAUCCACAAUUCAUGGCGAGAUUGCAUGCAAAGACUUCUAUGAUGAAAUCUACCUUUUAAUAUGCACGACACAUCAAAAGCAUAUUACCUUCUGUCCUUCGGCAAAAGAUCCACUCCUCUGACAAGAAGCUUCAACACUCCGAUAGUCCAAUAGUUCAGCAUAUUACCUUCUGUCCUUGGAGACAAGUAUACAUUUUUUUUCCAACAUUUAACUAUUUGUUUAUAUUUUGUUAUUGAUUUUCCAUCAUGCUUACUGACAUAGGCAUGAAUAUAAUGAUUAUUAAAGUAGUUAGAUGGUAUUUUGUGCUUAGUAUAUUUUAAUUUAAAUUGAUUUAACAUUGACAAACAACUAUUUCUUUUGGCUAAACAUUUUGCAUUCCAUUGGUCGAAUUUAUAUAACUAAGAUAAUGAUUAUAAGACCGUGUUAAUGAUUUCACUUCCAG